AUCAGAAACACUGUAGCAGAAGACUGUUCUCCUUUAGUUCUUGUUAAAGGGAUUCUGUCAUGAUUUUUAUGGGGUGUGAACUUAUCCAAACACCAGACCAAGAUUUUACCGACUUCACAAAAUGUCUUAAAAUCCUACAGGACAAAAUAAGACAAAGUAAUGUAGAGAUGGAUGUCAUUGUAGUGUUGGGUGGCCUUGGUGGACGAUUUGACCAGAUUAUGGCAUCAGUGGAAACACUCUAUCAUGCUGUCACUCCUUUGCCUGUAAUAAUAAUGCAAGAUACAUCUCUCAUCUGUCUUCUAAAGCCUGGUAAACAUAUUCUCCACGUGGCAACAGGAAAAGAAGCAAAAUGGUGUGGCCUCAUACCUGUAGGAUCAGCAUGCAAUUCAGUAACAACUACUGGACUGAAAUGGAAUCUCUCUGCCGGUGUGUUGAAAUUUGGAACAUUGGUCAGCACAUCAAAUAGCUAUGAUGGAACAGGAGUUGUCACAGUGGAAACAGACAAUCCUCUAGUUUGGACAAUGGGUAUCAAGAAAAUGAACGAUCACUGAUAAAGGAGCAAACUGACAACUAUUAAUAUAUUUUAGUGCCUUAUUGCUAUGGCCAAUGUUUUUGUAAUGGUGAUUGGUUCAAAGGAAAUUAUCUGAUGUUUAACAUUUUAGUAUAAGUUCAAGGUUUUUUAAUGUUUUGGCAACAUUUGUAACUCCAGGUUCCUUGCCAUAACUAAUUGGUACCGUAAGCAGUAAAUGAAUUAGAAUUUUAUAAACCCAAUAUUUUAGAAUAUACGUAAAAAUGAACCCAGUGAGUCUCUUAAAAUGUGGAGACUUGGCAAAAUAACCUUAUAAAUGUCCUCAAAAUAAUAGCAUACUUUGUCUUAUUUAUCAUUUGGCCUUACUGGGUCAGGUGACAAUGUUUAUGAUAGGACAUGAACAGUUACGUUGCAGUGCCAAAACUAUAUAUAUCUACUACUGUGCUCCCAGUUUGUAGAUUUGGGUCUAAACUGCGUGGGAGAUUGAUCAGAUUUGUGGGUCAGAUUUUAUUUGAUCUUGUCAUGAAACAGCACAAGAUUUUGUAGGAUAAGAUUUUAUCUUGUCAGAUGAAGACGCAGCACGCAGUGUUCCCUUCAGACAGGCAUCGGAUGACAAUUCUUUCAUGUAGUUUACACAUCAGAUUUUUCAAUCCCAUUAUACUGUGACCCAUGUGACUACAUCUGACUUGAAGGCUGAUUCUCACCCUGUUUCUCUGUUGCAUGUGUUUGAGUUUUCUGCAUUAAUUCUUCUGACAGAGAGGCAAAAGUUUUAUUUUAUGAAAUGUUUAUAUCAAUAUGAAGAAUUGUCCAUCUUGUUAAUUCAGUAGGACUUCGCCCCCCCCACCAGUGAAUCUGGGUUUUCUUGUCAUUUCAUUAGCAAACAAAUCAAGAGCAAGUAGCAAGGAUCAAGACAGCAUAGCCUCCGCAGUGCCCACUCAUUGGCAUACCAUUAACCCUGUUGGCUCUCAUCGUAAUUAAUACUAUAGAAACAAAUGGGUAUGAGGCCAGUUAUAUACAUAAGCAAGUGAAGCCAUACUGCCCUGUUGGAUCCUUACUUCCCACUGCUCAACUCUAUCCAUUUAUCUAUUCAUUUAAAUUUUCAUUAAAAUGGCUGAAGACUGGGUGUAAUUUAUACAUUCUCCCUAUUUUUCAGUGUAAUGCAAUGAAGUAACAUUUGAUGUGGCAGUUAAACAUAUUAGGUGGUAGGCGCUGUAGCUUUACUAAAAGUAGACCCCACAGCAGUACAAUCCGGGCACCUCUGUGUUAUGUAUGUUACGGUCACAUAUUACUUUUUUAUUUUAUUCACUUUUUUACAUAAGCUUUAAUAGUAUUUUAUUGUUUUCUAAUUAACUUGUCAUUAUAUUAUGUCUAUAAAAGCACUAUAGCUUUACCAUGGGGUUGUGGACUUAAAUAAAUAAAUCAUUUUUUAAUUCUUACUUGUUCUCAUUAAAUUAAGCUUUUAUAUUCCACCUUCGGCUAUUGUAUGAACUGGAACUGUGGUUGUAAAGACUGCAGCAUCCCAUUCCAUACUCAUUAAACCGCCAUUAUUUUAUAUGAGGCACAGCCAAAAGGCAGUUUUAUGAUUAUGGCAAGGGAGCGUUGCAAUCAGCUGGAAGGUAUGUGAUGGGGAACAUAUAUUUUGUUGCGAGCACCCCUCUAAAAAGUAUUAUUUUACCUUGCACGUGUGUUGGAUAAUUGACUGUUUGCUGGAACUGUGGUUGCUCAGGCUGCCAAUGUAAUUUACAUAUAAAUCUAUCUAAAUAUAUACUGCUUCCCUUGCUUAAAGUAACCAUAAUUAACUACAGGUAUUCCCUAGUCCUGUAAAUUAUAUAUAAUUAUAUAUAGUGUUGUAGGCUAAAGGUUGGUUACACGUGGACACUCUAGCCAAAAAGGCUACUGUAGAGUAUCAAAUUAAUCUGGCGGAACAUAAGAUCUGCUUAUUUCGCAUGAGUCGCCAAACGAGCAGAUCUUUCCCUGUUAAGCCUACCUAAGCUGUGUAAUAUGCGAGUUGAGCUCCAGGCGAUCUGCUACCCAUGGUACCACUCAACAGUUACCCCUCCCACGUUUACUCGAGUUGCUCAGAAAAGAGUCUGUGUGCGAUUUGAAACAGCAGGCGACUUGAAGUAGCCUCGUGUGUUUUGACGCUGGCGACUUCCAUUGGUUUAGCAUUGGCGUCUUGUCGCCAAAUUGCUCUUUUAAAAAUCGCCGGCAACAAAUCUCCUCGUGUGCCAGAGCCCUUAAGGGCCCCUUACCUUUACAUUUUAAAGUUUUGCAACAGCUUCUCAUUCAUAUUGUAGUCUAGCCUUUGUCUUGGCCAGUCAAAGACAUUUAGGUUGAAACCACCACAGCUUCGACUAUACGUCUAUGAACUUUGUCCUUCUGGAAGGUGAACCUCUACCCAAUAGAGUAAAAACAGGUUUUACUUUAGAAUUGCCCUGUAUAUGGUUCUGUGCAUCUUCCCUCAUUCUCUUUUUUUAUAUCUGAAGAAGCCUGCUUAGAUAUAUAAGCCUGUCAUGCUUAGUCUGUCCUGAUGGAUAUCUAAUCAGGUUUCCUUAGAUAUCUAUCUCACCAAUCUGAGCAGGCCAGAACUACAUAAGGAAUAUCAUAUUCAAAAUAGGAAAUGAAUUCCAGCAAAGGGUGUUUUAAUAUUAGGAGUAUAUUAAUCUGAAGUAAAUAUUUUAUACAAAAUCAAUAAGCUUAUGAGAUAAGCUCUUCUGUCGUUGAUAUAUGUCCCAUUGGCUCUUUUUCACUGGACUAACCGUUCAUGGCAUUACUACUUUAAUAGUCUUUGCUUGAUUCUGAGAAAAAUAUAGUAAAGAUGCCCAAGCUCUCAAAACUUAUAAUAGGUUUCAGGCUUAUCUCUCAUGCUCCAAUCUUCCAGAAAGGAAAUCUAUCAUGCUGCAAAUUGGAAACUAGUGGAGACAAUAGCCAUUCAUCUGCCAAAUAUAUAAUAUUACAAAUAUUUUAUAAACAAAGCCCAAAGUUCUAAAUAUACUAUGUGUCAAACAUUUGCAGAUUGUACAAUAACUGUAUUUGUCUUCUUUUGAAAACAAUAACUGUAUAAGUAUAUCAUAUACAUUACAUUCUAUGUAUAGCCAUUCCUAGAGCACCUUGAAUAUCAAUGGGAUAAGCCAGAACUUGUAAAUUUGCUACAAAGAGAAUAAAGUCCAGGCAACAAAAGCCACAUAUCUAUAAUACUUAUGUAAAAAAUAAUUCCCAAAGAUUUUAAAUUCAUUCCUACACAUUAAGACUGAUUGGAAAGCCAAUUUUAAUGAAUGCAGCUGUACAGUGGAAAAUACAGAAAUGUGUAUGUUUAUUAUGUGAACUGUGACAAAUAAAAAAUAUACAUUAAACAAAAA